GCUUUCAUUUAAUGAUGUACUCGACUUCAUCGGUUUGUGCUGGAUAGUUACAAUUCAGCUUGAAGUUUUCGCAGGCAGCUUCUGAGAUAGAUGAGGGGACCACAGGAGCUGAGUCUCCGCCCACUCGGUGUAUUUACCAAUGGAGACUUUUAGUUUAGUCGCGCUCUCAAAAUAAUGAUCUUCGAGUGCGCAUUUAAGACUCCCUCUUUUCGCUCUUUGAACAGAAAACUUUGUUGCACUUUCACUCGCUUAAAGAACUUCCACGAGGACUUUCUUCAACAUGCAUUUCACGAAGAUCACCGCUGCUGCUUGCCUCGUCGCCUUGGCUCAGGUCAAUGCUCUUCCAGCAUACCAAGAGGAGCAAGCUAGGUACGCCGAACACGGGUUGAAUGCCCGUGCCGGAGGAAGAUAUCACCAUGCAGAGGAAGAGAAGCAAUACUUCAACAAGAAUCAUAAAUAUGAGAAGCAGAAGUACCCUGGUGAUAAAUAUCACGAGGAAAAACAUCAUGAGUACCCACAGAAGCAUCAAGUGAGUGACCAUGGGCUUAUGCAAGAUUCGAUAUCUUCAUAUCUAAUUCUUUGCAGACUUAUUACACCACCUCUAGCAUACCUUAUACCACGACUCGCAGUACCACCCUAUCGACCUCAAAAACUACGUCUGAUCGUCCCACCUCAACGACGAGCUCUCACAGCUCCCUCAGCACGCACAGCUCCCGCAGCACUUCUACGCCCUCCACCUCAUCGACUGUUCGCACAAGUACUCAAUCCAGCCCAAGUUCUGGCGGCCAGAGUACUGUCUCCUCAACCUUUGUCACAUCUAGCCCAAGUGCUGGCGGUCAAACUGUCUCCACGAGCUCUGUCACAUCCAGCGGAAGUGCUGGUGCUGGCGGCCAGACUGCCUCAACGAGCUCUGUCACCAGUAGUCAAUCCAGCCAAUCUAGCUCAAGUGCUGGCGGCCAGACUGUCUCCACGAGCUCUUUCACAUCCAGCGGAAGUGCUGGUGCUGGCGGCCAGACUGCCUCUUCGAGCUCCGUCUCUACGAGCUCUGUGACAAACAGCCAAUCCGGCCAAUCCAGUCAAUCUAGCCCAAGUUCUGUCUCUACAAGCUCCGUCACACAAAGCUCUGCCACUACCAGCUCUAUUACUACGAGCUCCAGCCUGUCUAGCCAAGGAAGUGUCUCAACGAGCUCUACCCCCACAAGCUCCAUUACUACGAGCUCUAGUCAGUCUGGCCAAGGCACAACUUCUUCUCAGGGCACGCAAGCUACCCAAAGCACCCAGAGCACCCAGAGCACAACGUCUUCCCCAAGCACAACUACUACACGUACAACCACCUCUGCGAGCACAACCUCUUCAGAAGCCCAGACCACUCAAGGCACAUCUACCUCUCAGAGCACAACUUCUUCGCAAGCUCAGACUACUCAGGGCACGUCCACCUCUCAGAGCACUACUACACGUACAACCACCUCUCUGAGCACAACUUCUACACAAGCCCAGACUACUCAAGGCACCACUUCUUCUCAGAGCACUACUUCUUCCCAGAGCACAACGUCUCCUCAGACCACUACUACACGUACAACCACUUCUCCAAGUACAACUUCUUCUCAGAGCACAACCUCUCCUCAGAGCACUACUACACGCACAACCACCUCUCCGAGCACAACCUCUACAAGUACUACAAGCACUACUACCACCUCUCCGAGCACAACCUCUUCGCAGAGUACAACCUCUUCGCAAGGCACGCAAGCUACUCAGAGCACUUCAAGCACAACUACUACUCGUUCAUCGACCUCCACAACGACGUCGCAAGCCACGCAAGCUACUCAGAGCACUUCAAGCACAACAACUACUUCUCAUUCAUCGACCUCUCCGAGCACCUCUCCGAGCACAACCUCUACAAGUACUACAAGCACUACUACCACCUCUCCGAGCACAACCUCUUCGCAGAGUACAACCUCUUCGCAAGGCACGCAAGCUACUCAGAGCACUUCAAGCACAACUACUACUCGUUCAUCGACCUCCACAACGACGUCGCAAGCCACGCAAGCUACUCAGAGCACUUCAAGCACAACAACUACUUCUCAUUCAUCGACCUCUCCGAGCACCUCUCCGAGCACAACCUCUACAAGUACUACAAGCACUACUACCACCUCUCCGAGCACAACCUCUUCGCAGAGUACAACCUCUUCGCAAGGCACGCAAGCUACUCAGAGCACUUCAAGCACAACUACUACUCGUUCAUCGACCUCCACAACGACGUCGCAAGCCACGCAAGCUACUCAGAGCACUUCAAGCACAACAACUACUUCUCAUUCAUCGACCUCUCCGAGCACCUCUCCGAGCACAACCUCUACAAGUACCACCCGCACAACCACCUCUCCAAGCACGUCAAGCACAACUUCUUCCCAGAGUACUACCACCCGCUCAAUCACCUCUUCGAGCACAACGUCUUCCCAGAGUACCACUACCCGCUCAACCACCUCUCCGAGCACGUUAAGCACAACUACUUCUCGUUCAUCAACCUCCACCACGACUCCCUCUGUAACUGUAAGUAUCUAGUCUCCAUUAGCAAACCGCUCCUUUCAAGCAACCUCUCGUAUACAGAAAGCGAGCAGGCGAAAGCUGGGAAAUCCAAGCAUCUAAACAAGUUGCCAUCAUAUCCCCUUACGCUCCCAAAACCCCCUGAUACAGUCAGUAUACUAACCAUGAAUCUCUAUAGUCGACAACAUUCUCCACCUCCACCACUUCUAGCAGCAUGA